ACUUGGAGCUCAAGUUCUUGUGUUCUCUCUCUAACACGAAACUAUUCAAAAGCUUCAGACUUUUUCUUUCCAUUCUGGAUUCAAAAUCGUGUUCUACACGGUUUCAUAUUCUUCUUUCGGAUUCCAAUUCCUCUUUGAUUGCCCAAAUCUCAGACUUUUUUUAAAAAAAAUUCAAAUGGAUCACGUAACAAGUGAAUUUCAAGCUAAUUUCGAUUCGGAGCAAGAAGGAGGAUCAACGAUAUCGGAAUCUGGGAGCUGUGAUUCGUAUGACCGACGAAGACCGUGUUUCGCCGACGAACACGGGCUUAUGGAGCUGCUUGAAGGCGAUAAAGCUCACGAUAUGAUCUACCGCAACUGUAAAUCUGCUCUCGGCGAUCAAUGCCAGAUUCUCUCCGUUCUCAGAAACGGAUUCCGCAACGUCGGAUCUCGUGCAAAGCUCAGGACUUUCCAGAUUUUCCAAGAGGCGGUGGAGAUGAAACACGUCGGAGACGACGACGGCGGAGGAGGAAGCAGCAGAGCUAAGGUGAAGUACGGUUGGUGCGCCGUCGCUAAAAAGGAGCUGAAAUCGAUCCUAGAGUACGGCUUUAGCGAGCCGAGAAACGACGGUUCUUAUGGCCGUGGAUUGUAUCUCUCGCCGGAUAAUGCUCUUCUCGAAUGUUUGAAGGAUUCAGCUCCGGAAUCAGAAGAUGGGAUGAGAUUCUUGCUGCUUUCGAGAGUGAUACUGGGAAAAUCGGAGAUUGUUCCUCGAGGCUCGACUCAAUCGUGUCCGACUUGUCAAGAAUUCGAUUCAGGAGUAGACGAUUUAGCUUCUCCGACAAAGUAUAUUGUGUGGAGCACACACAUGAAUACACAUGUCUUGCCUGAGUUCCUUGUCUGCAUUAAAGUUCCAUUUAACUUCAAUCGAAGUCCAAAGAGAUUGAGAUCGCCAUGGUUGGCAUUUCCGGUAUUGAUCAAAGCAUUAUCCAAGUUCCUACCUCCUUCCCAAAUACUAAUCAUUCAAAAACACUACAAAGAUCAACAGAACAGGAGAAUGUCGCGGAGCGAGCUAAUACAGCGAGUCAGGGGUAUAACAGGAGACAAGCUCCUUGUUCACAUCAUUAAAGCCUUUGGGCAUAAAGUACAACAGUAAAAAACUCCAUUGCACAUCUCUUUGGGUUUUGGAUCUCCUCAAUGUGAAUGUUUCCCUUACCACAAGGGUCAACAGAUUUGUCAAACUUUAAGCCCAUGUAUGAACAUAGAUGAGUCGGUUGUUUUUUUAAGGAUAGUGACGAAAUUUUUUUUUUAGUUGACUAUUUACGAUUCAUAGGAUCAAAGUUUCAGCAACACUACAAAUUAUGAAGAAA